GAUAAGCCAAUCCAGUUUGACAAUUCGCUAGCCUCGGAUCAGCCGCCGGCUCAGUUGGCCGAUGCACGGCGUCGCGGUAACGUGUCCGCCAUUUUCCCGCGCUACCCAUCCCGACGGUAUCAAACACCGGGCUGUUUAUUAAAUCAAAAAUUAAUGUGCUAUCUCCGUUUCUGUUUGCACAAAUGUGAAUCGAGAAACUUUUAUAUCCAAAGACAAAGUGAACUAUAAGUAAUUCAAACCGCAACCAAGCAUUCCAGUCUAACUCUUAAUGUUGCCAUAAUUAAAAAAAAAAAACUACCUUUUUAUUACUAAACAAGGCAUCCGUUUAAUACGAAUAAGUGAAUAAAAAAUUGUGUCAAGAUCAAUAAGUGUGUGUCAAGGGGCUUACAACUUUCCUUUUGUAGCAGUCGAUGACAUCGAUCGUUGUAAAACAGUGGUGGAUCGUUUAAAUUAAACCUUAGUGGCUAUAAACGGGCUUAUUGUGGAAGGAUUUUGGCGUAUCCUUUCACAAUACCGGUGCGAGCGAUUUUGUUGUUCAAAAAACUAUCGACAAAAAAGUGACGAAACUAAUACGCGAGUGAAUAAAAAAAAAAACUAAAUAAAAAAAAUAAAAAAACAUUCUAAUUUUGAAAUGCUUCGAGUGCGCGCGUGAAUAAUGUCAACACAAGCGUACUACAAGGAGCGUUUGGGCUUCGACCCCCAAGAGGCGAUGCAAGAUGGCGUCAACGGAAACGGAUUUUACGACGGCCCACACCAGCCGAAGCGGCAGAGGAGCGAGCAGCGCCACCCUUCCGAGACCCACGAUCAAGUCUACGAAGAAAACCUAACUAAAUUCAAAGACGAACGUGACGCUAUACAGAAGAAGACGUUUACAAAAUGGGUCAACAAACAUCUCAAAAAGACGUACACGCGUCUGCACGUGUGCGAGGUCAUCAACAAUCAACCGUGCUGUCCGCCUCAACACGUGAAUCGUCACGUGAACGAUCUGUUCGAGGACCUACGCGAUGGACUGAACCUCAUCUCGCUGCUGGAGGUGCUAUCUGGCGAACAUCUCCCGCGCGAGCGAGGUCGCAUGCGUUUCCAUAUGCUGCAAAACGUCCAAAUGGCCCUGGACUUCCUCCGCUACAAGAAAAUCAAGCUCGUCAACAUCAGAGCUGAGGAUAUCGUCGACGGGAACCCAAAGCUGACCCUAGGUCUGAUCUGGACUAUCAUCCUGCACUUCCAGAUAUCAGACAUCGUCGUUGGACAAGAACCAAACGUGACGGCCCGGGAAGCUCUCCUGAGCUGGGCCCGACGCUCCACGGCCAAGUACCCUGGGGUGAGGGUGAGCGACUUCACGUCUUCUUGGAGAGACGGGCUCGCCUUCAACGCGCUCAUACACAGGAACCGCCCUGAUCUGAUAGACUGGCGUAAUAUCAGAUCAAGACAAGUCCGUGAGCGCUUGGAGACAGCCUUCCAUGUAGUCGAAAAGGAAUAUGGAGUCACCAGACUGUUGGAUCCUGAAGACGUGGACACCCACGAGCCGGACGAGAAGUCCCUCAUCACGUACAUCUCGUCGCUGUACGAGACGUUCCCGGAGCCCCCGGCCGUGCAUCCGCUGUUCGACGCGGAGUCCCAGCGCCGGGCGGCCGCUUACACCGAGCAGGCGGCCCAACAUCGCGCUUGGCUGCACGAGAAAUGCGCGCUAAUGCAGGACCGUGCUUUCCCGUCAACUUUGAUAGAAAUGAAGAAGCUGCUCAGCGAGAGCACGCGGUUCCGCAACGAGGAGGUGCCGCUCAGGCAGAGAGAGAAGCAGAAGCUCGUCCACCAGUACAGGGAGUUAGAGAAAUAUUUCGAAACAGUGGGCGAGUGCGAUAUCGAGCCGACGCUGCGCCCCGAGGCGCUGGAGCAGGGCUGGGCGCGGCUGCUGAUGGCGCAGCAGGAGCGGGAGCGCGACCUCACCGACGAGAUUCGGCGCCUCGAGCGCCUGCAGAGACUGGCCGAGAAACUGCACAGGGACAUCAAACAAACCGAAAGCGGUCUGGACAGCGUGGAGCGGCACAUCGAGGGGGAGCUGCGUCGCGUGGAGCGCGGCGUGCACCCCGCCGACGCCAAGACCGCCGCCGAGCAGAUCGAGCACGACCUGCGCGCCAUGGAGCUCGCGCUGCACGAGAUGUUCCAGGACGCGAACGCGCUCCGGGAGGGGAGGUACCCGCAAGCCAACGAGCUGCACAGGCGCGUGCAGCAACUCCAGGAGCGCUGGGCGCUGGCCCGACAGGCGCUGGCGAGCCGGCUGGUGCCGCGGCUGGCGGGCGUGCGCAUGCCCGUGCAGCACACCACCGUGCGCCGCGAGACCCGCACCGUGCUGGAGACGCGCGUGCACGAUGCCGACCCGCGCUUCCACCAGCUCGCCGACGCCGCCGCCUGGUGCCGGGACAAACUGAAAAAACUUCACGAAUCAGAAUACGGCUCCGACCUGCCGUCGGUGCUGCACGAGCUGGACAAACACCAGCGGGAACACAAACUGAUCGACCAGUUCCAUUCCAAGGUUGAACAGUGCGUCCACAACCGCUCCAACUUCAACGGCGAAGAGUUGAAUUUGUACAACCAGCAUCUGAGUCAGUUGCAAAAGUUAUACGCCGAGCUACUGUCUACUAGUACUAAGCGGAUGUCGGAUCUGGACGCGUUACACGACUUCCUUCAAUCAGCGACGGCGGAGUUGAACUGGCUCAACGAGAAGGAACAAGUGGAGUUGUCUCGCGACUGGGCCGACCCGCACAUCAACCUGCCCGCCGUGCAGCACUAUUACGAGCAACUCAUGUCGUCCCUUGAGAAGCGGGAGCUCCAGUUCAGCAACGUGAUCGACCGCGGCGAGGCGCUCAUCGCGCAGCACCACCCCGCCACCAAGACCAUCGAGAGCCACCUGCAGGUGAUGCAGUCUCAAUGGGCAUGGGUGCUCCAGCUGACCCUCUGCUUGGAGACCCACUUGAAACACACCACGCAGUACCACACCUUCUUCGAGGAGAUCAAAGAGGCGGAGAAAUGGAUCGCAAAACGCGAGGAAGCAUUAAACACGACAUUCUCCCAAUCGGAGUUCACCUUGGACCAGGGGGAGAGGCUCCUCAAGGGCAUGCAGGACCUUCGGGAAGAGCUGAACACGCACGGAGCCGCCGUGUCGCGUCUCGUCGAGGAGGCGCAGGAAGUCAGGCCCGUCAAGCUGCGGAGGGCGCCCGUCACCAGACCCAUCAGGGCUGAGACCGUAUGCGCGUACAAACACGCUAAUGUGGCGAUCGAGAAGGGCGCGUCGCUGUCGGUGGUGGACAACUCCGGGCGCAGCCGGUGGCGCGUGCGGCUGGGCGGCGCGGGCUCCGAGGCGCAGGUGCCGGGCGCCGUGCUGGCGCUGCCGCCGCCCUGCCGCGACGCGCUCGCCGCCGCCGACGCGCUGCGGGCACAGCUCGACCGGGUCAUCCACCUGUGGCAGAGGAAGCAACUCCGAAUGAGACAGAACAUGAUUUUCGCGACCAUCAAAGUUGUGAAAGGCUGGGACUUCCCUCAGUUCGUGGCGAUGGGAGCAGAGCAACGUCAGGCCAUCCGCCGCGCCCUUAACGAGGACGCGGAGAAGCUGCUCGCCGAGGGAGACCCCGCCGACCCGCAGCUGAGGAGGCUGCGUCGGGAGAUCGAUGACGUCAACAGGCUGUUUGACGAGUUCGAGCGCAGAGCCAGAGCUGAGGAGGAAUCCAAAAAUGCAGCUCGCAUCUUCACCGAACAAUCCACCCACCUGCUGGAACGGCUGGAAGUGCUUGAACGACAGCUACACGAGAGGAUCGCGAGCCACAUCCCGAGAGACCUGGACUCUUUAGAACACCUGGUGCUCCAGCACAAAGACUGGGAGGGAAACCUGCACGCGCUCUCCGGAGAUGUCGAAGAAGCGCAGUCUACAUUCAGAGGCAUAGCCCUCAAGACCCCAGCAAUGAAGAAGAGUCUCGACAAAGUAAUGGGCAAGUGGAACGACCUGCAUUCAAAGAGUCAACUGUUUGUUGAAAGAUUGAAAUUCGUCGAGAUCGUGGUGAACAGCGUGGAGGAGAACCACCAGGUCAUAUCCGAGUUUGAAAUCAAAUUGGCGCAGUUCAGUGACCUACCGAACGACAUUGAAAUUCUUAAAGACAUCCACGAAGACCUGCUCCGCAUGCAAGUGGCGGUGAGCAAGCAACAGAUCCAGGUGGACCAGAUGAACGACGACGCGGAGAACUGCCGGCGGCUCGUGCACGCCUCCCGGGACGCGCUGCCGCACUCCUCGCUGCCGCGCGCCGGCAAGCACCAGGACCUCGAGCGCCUGGACAAGGAGGUGGCGCAGCUCAACGCCAGGUGGAGCAACGUCUGCACUCAGCUGGCCGAGAGGCUUCGAAGUUGCGAGGCCGCCUACCAGCUGCUGCGCAACUACAACGCGGGACUCGAGAAGGAAGCCGAGUGGAUCGACGACGCAUACAAGCGGCUCCAAGCGCAGCCGCCCGUCGAAGUCAGGCCCAAAGAACAGUUCGAGCCCACCAGGAAUCUGCUGACAAGCGUUGUGGAGAGGACGCCAAAGAUUGAGAAGGUUAACGUGGACGGCGGACGAUUCAUACGUGAAGCGAAGAUAAACUCGUCGAGAUGCCAGCGUUACACGGAGUGGCUUUGUGAGGAGGUCCACCCGUCACUGGAUGUCAGGCAUUUGAGGCGCCAGGCCGACCUGGACCAGGCCGAGAGGAUCCGGCGAUUGGGCCGAGAUAUCGACCCCGACAGGAUCCCGGUGGGGUCCGACGCUGUGGCCCGGGAAUUGGAUGAGCUGAAUGCGAAGUACCAGAGGUUGCUGGACAUGCUUUACGAGAGAUUGAGGCGAAUCGCUGCUGCCAAUCCCGGAGACAUUGUUACAUUGCGCCUUGUGGAGGCAAUGGCUCCUCGUUCGGCAAGAUCCUUCCGGCAGGAGUUCAAUAUGCAAGACACGACCACAGAGCACACGUACACCUCACAAUAUACCACAGAAAAAUACGUGAGAACCUCACAUACUACGGAACUUGACGGUGAAGCACCGGUCAGAUCAAUGACCAAUGGCAAAUUAACAUCUCCUAAGUACACAACAAAGACUAUAAUUACGGACGAAGACAGACCUGAUGUUCGAAAGCUAAAACGCGUCCACAGAAUGUAUGAAGGUCCCAAUAUCAUCGAAUCGAGGGGUAUAGUGCAUCCCGAAACCAGAGAAAUAUUGACAGUGGGCCAGGCGAUCAGUAUGAGAAUACUUGACGUUCGCACAGGAAGACUCCUGUCUUCGCCCGACACGAGACAGACUAUAACGAUUGAACAAGCAGCCAAAGAAGGUCUUAUUGACCCUAAGCUAGCUGCGAGGCUCACUGGCCCGUGUGGAAUGACCGAAGACGGAAACGAAGUCACUCUAUUGGAAGCCAUACAGCGAGAACUCUAUGACGCUGAACAAGGAUUGUCUGAUCCAGCAGAAAAAAGGAUCAAGGUAACUGUACAGGGCGAAGGGCCCGGAACCCAAGGAAUGAGUAUCUCGGACGCGGUCAGUCGAGGACAAGUCGACCUUGACAAAGGUCUCUAUAGAUUACCCAAUGGAAGUUACAUUUCCAUCGCCGAAGCCUAUCAAAGAGGGUACCUUAUAUACAACGAGAUUAUCAAAAUCAAAUCGAGCGCGCUGUGUCUGUCGGACGCGAUAAGUCAAGACUUAGUAGAUAACAACGGUUGGAUCUUGGAUAGGAAUUCGGGCGACAAAUUCCAAAUAGACGUUGCUAUACAAAAUGAAUUAAUCAACCCUAACGUUAGGGAAAUUCUUGAUCCUAAAAACGACACAAAAAUAACUCUUUCUGAAUCUAUCGAGAAGAAUAUAAUUAACACUAAACAUUCUAAAUACGUGCACAAUGUUACAAAAGAGAAGCUUAGUUUCAAGGAAGCGGCGUAUAAACGUUACAUUUGUAAACCUAUGACCCUUAAAGACGUUUGCGAUAACAAUUUGAUGACUAACGAUGGUAAAAUAUUUUCCCUAUCCAACAGAGUUCCAUUGAAUAUAUUAGAAGCUAUAUCGGUCGGUAUUCUCGACAGCGACAAUGUUAAAUGUGUAACAGAUACAACGACAGGUCAGCUACUUACUUUAUCGGAGGCGAUAGGAGCCAAAAUAAUUCUUCCGGAUAAUAAGUUUAGGGAUAAUCUGACCGAUGAGAUAUGUACUAUACCGGAAGCAGUCGACCGCGGUCUUAUUACUUCUGUUUCGCAAAGAUCCAUUUUCGAUAUUGACGGUUUCAGAGAUCCGAAAUCAGGUGAAUUCGUAUCGUUCAAUGCUGCUUUAAGCAAAGGCAACUUAAAAUAUGUAAAUGGUGAAACUUUCUUGAAAGCAGAAAGUGGGGAUUUCGUCUUUCUAGAAGACUGCACUAAAGUGUCUAUAGUUCGACCUGAAGUUUUAGAAAUGUUCAACAGAAAGAUAGGUGUUUACGAAAACGGUAAGGAACUUAGCGUUUUAGAUGCUGUGUUCAAAAAUAUUCUUGAUCCUAAAUCGGGACAUUUACUGGAAGCGACCACUAAAAAACCUAUUCCUUUCAAUAAAGCUGUAGAGAUCAAUAUGAUAACGCCCGAAGGUGCGGCACUUUUGAAUUCUUUGUUAAAUAUCACUCUUACUUUGCAAACAGUUACUAAAACAGUUAAACGCUAUGUGACGGUGACUAAUACGACUUCAACUCAACGUACUGAAACUCUAAUCACAUUUGCUGAAGCUAUUAGACGUGGACUUAUCGAUGAAAACACUCAGACCUUUACCGACCCAACCACGGGCACCGUGAUGCCAAUACAGCAAGCUUUGGACGAAGGUUUAUUAGGGGUUGAAAAGAACGAACCACGUGUCGUUCACAUAUCCGAUCGAGUAGCUAAAAAAGAUUUAGUACCGGGACAAGUAGUAGAAUUAAAAAUAACGAAAAAGUCGUUUAUUAAAGAUCUACCUUCUAGUCCCGAAAGUAAGGUUGAGCGCGAUAGUCGACCAGAAACAUUAAAAAGCCCUGAAUACACAGUUCGUGAGGUUAGUCAACCGCGUGAAAGUGUAGUCCAAGAAAUUAGGACGGUUACUUCAAAAUCUGUUGUCACUGAACCUUCGGUAACCUCAAUGACCAUUAAGAAAAACACCAUUGAAUUGCCGAGAGGAGGGUGGACUUUAAAUGAAGCUAUACAUCUUAACUUUUUCGACCCUACUACGGGUAUGUUCGUUAUUCCUGGUACUGACAGAGUUUUAGACCUUGAAGAAGCCCUUAAAUUAAACCUAAUUAAUCCUGAAUCCGCAAAAGUCAUUGACCCCAAAACUCGUAAAGAAAUGCCAUUAGAUAAAGCACUCGAAUUACGUUUAAUUGAUCAUGUCGGUCGUUAUAAAUAUAUCACUGAAACUAUUACAAUGUUACAAGCAAUAGAAAGUAAAUAUAUUGUAUUUAUUCACCUAACUCAAUCGGUGUCAUCUCAAAAAGUUAUAACGAUUACAUCGGUAGCCGGUAUGCCAGAUAAAAUGGAAAUUUCGGAAAUAUCAGACGUGACCACGUAUCCACGUGACCUCGAAAUAGAGGAACAAGUGGCUUUAGAACCAGUACAAGUAGCACCUGGGGUUAUAUUUGAUCCUGCCACAGCUUUAGUCAUAUCUACUCCUUCUGGAGUUUCAGAGAAUAUAAUAGAAGCUGCUUAUAAUGGUACUGUCGCUCCUGACACUGUUAAAGUCAUUGAACCUCAGACUAGGAAAUUCAUAACAUUGCAGCAAGCCAUUGCUAAACGUAUUAUUGAUAGAAAAACAGGGGAUUACAUAGAUAACUCAGGAAAUAAAUUUACUCUAGCAGAUGCUGCAAAAGUAGGUUUGAUAGCUGUUGUAGGUGCACCUUUAGUUGCGGCUUCUAAAGUUAUUCAGGUUGUAAGGAGUACUAUGGUAGUUGAUCCACAAACGGGAGAAAAAUUACCGAUGGAGGUAGCAUAUGAAAGGGGCUUAGUUGACCCUGAUACGUAUAAGCGCUAUGAAGAAGAAAUUAGAGAUAGGACGUUAGAAAGCGACAAACCAAGAAGCGAACAUACAACAAAAACAGAGACAAUCACGGUUACUCAAACAACAAAGACAUCACCGGAGGGAGCCGCUACUGUUACAGUGGUGGUUGACCCAAAUACCGGGGAAAGAUUACCACUUGAUGUAGCUUAUGGAAGAGGCCUAAUAGAUCCCGUUUCAUACAAAAAAUACGUAUUGUCGGUUAGUGAUCAAAAACCAGGUUCCAUUACUUAUCAUGAUAUUAAGUCACCUAGUACUAGCAAAGUAACUUUCAGCCAAGCACCUCAGAACUUUGAGACUGAACCCAUAAAUAUAUCGAAUAGUAAAACAGUUACUGUUUCACAUUCGACCACAAAACCAAUAUCAGUAGGUGCAGCUGUUUCUGAAGGAUUCAUUACAGUAGAAUCAAUUCAAAAUAGUCUAUCUGCUGAUAACAGGCGAGUGAUAACAACACAGGCAUUAGACAAAAAAGACAAGCCGCCGGAAGUAAUUCAAAUUAUUAAAGCUAAUUUAAAACCCAAAUACAAAGUCGCUGCUGUUAGAGAAAACACUCCUGAUAUCCCGAUAGAGUCUAAACCCGUUAUUCUUCAAAAAUUAAGAAAACGUGUAGUAACACCUAUGGAAGCUCUCGAGAAAGCCUUAGUCGAUAAAGAUACAGCAAAUAUUUUAGAGUUGGUUAAAGCUUAUAAAGAUGAGAACGGCCUUCCUAUUAAUCUAAAAAAAGCGAUUGAUAUCGGGUUAGUUGAUGAAAACGACGGUAAAUUAGUAGAUCCAGUACAUGGUGAUACUUUAACGAUUAAAGUAGCGAUAAAUAGAGGAAUCUUAGACGGUGAAGGUCAAGAUGAAGUUCUGAUACCGCUUGCAAGAAGUUUAACUAUUCCCGAAGUUCUUGAACAAGGGUUACUCGAUCCAGUAACAGGUAAGAUUAUACAUCCCGAGACAGGUAGCCUUUUGACACUUAGAGAAGCUUUAAUUUGUGAUAUCGUAGAUCCAUUGUCAAGUGUAUCUAUAGCACCGGGAAAGAAAAUAACCUUAACCGAUGCUAUUACCAGAAAUAUGAUAGAUGAUAGUAAAAAUUUAAUUAAAACUAAUGAUGGUUCCAUGGAUUUAUUAACCGCUGUCAACGCUCAAGUCUUCUCUGAUGUCCAAGUAAUUAAAAAAGAUGAAACAAUACCUCCUGCAGCAAUGACUCUUAAUGUUGCUAUUAAAAAGAAUUUAAUAAAUCCUCAUACAGGGGAAAUAAAACACCCACUUACUGGUGAAUUAAUUUCACUUACUGAUGCCAUUAACAGAGACUUGAUUAUGGCAAUACCUUACCCUCAAACGUCUGAUACUAUUAUUUUAGAGGAUGCUUUAGAAAAAGGUGCUAUAAAUCUUAAACAGGGUGUCUUCAUUAAUCCAGAUACUAAGGAAAUACUUCCAAUUGACAAAGCUUUGGAACAAGGACUAUUGGCCAUUAAAACGAACCCAAUAGCUAUGGAAACAAGCGGUGUGGUAACUACUAUUACUGAAACAUUUACAUCGCAGCAUACAAUUACAACAAAAAUGAUUGAACUUCUCGCUGAUUAUGUAUUAAUCAAUGCGAAUGAAAUAAAAAACACUAGAACCGGUGAAAUCAUGACUAUAGAUGAAGCUCGUCUUAAAGGUAUUGUGAGAGAUGAACAAACCAGUAAGGAACAGUUUAUUACAUCUGAUACCAAUAUUAAUUUUGAAGAUGCGCUAAGUCACGGCUAUAUCAACAUUGAAACCGGCACUUUCACUCAUCCUAAUACUGGCGAAACUCUAUCAAUACCAGAUGCAGUUACUUCGGGAGUAUUAACUACAGAAAUUAAGCCAGAUUCUAGUGAGCCUUCUCUGAAGAAAAAAGAGUUAGAAAUGCUAGAUCUAAAUGAAGCAUUUGAACUUCUGUUUGAUGAAAGAACGCAAAAAUUCAAGGAUCCCAAAUCACCUCACAAACUAAUAUCAUUCAAAGAUGCUCUUGCUAAGAAAAUUAUAGAUCCUGAAUCUGUAAUAUACAAUGUAGAGGCUGCUAAACCAGUUACUUUACAAGAAGCUGUAAAAAUAGGGCUUAUUGACAUCAAAACAGGACAAUUAAAAGAACCUAAAACAGGUAAAUUGGUAGAUAUAAAGAAAGCUGCAAAAAUUGGGCUAGUCGCUGUGAUCGCAGCUCCUGUACUCGCUGGUAUGGCAGUAGUACAGGGAGCUCAAGCGGUGAAAAGUAAAUUGAUGCAACCAAAGCAAGACAAGGUGUUUGAGGAACCAAGUAGAAUUGUGUCCGCUGAUAAAGCGACUGUUGACAAGGUUACAGAGCCUAAAAAAGUAAUUCAACGUAAUAUUGAAGUAGAACCAAAAGUGAAAGAUGCUAAAGUAAGUGUUAAGGAUAUUCCGUCGCGGCCUAGCAUAUCCGAGGAUCCUAAGAAAGAUGUCAGUAAAGAAAAACUAAAAACGGAAAUUACUCCUACAGAAAAAAGGGAAAUUGAAACUGAAACUGCCGUAGCAUCAUCAGCGGAAAAACAGGUUAUAACUUCUGCCAACCAACCAUCAUCAAUAACUACGAAGCCUGAACAUCAGAUAGCUACCUCAGUGCCAAGUAAAACUAGUAUCAAGCACGAAGAGCAAGUUCUUGAAUCAUCUAAAGUGUUAGAAAAAAAUAUUAUUGAUCUCAAAGAAGUUGUUGAAACAUGUCAAAAGGUCAAAUACGGUACUAAACCUGAAAAUGAGAAAACGCAAAUGACAGUAACCGAGAAAUUAACUACAGAACAUAUUAAACAAGCCCCCAAGCAUGACAAACCAAUUUCAGGACAAGAAAUGGAUAUAGUGAAACAAAAAGAUAGUCAUGAAUUAAAUGACGAAGAUACGGCGAAACAAAAUCCUGAGCAGUCAACCCCAAGAGAUGAAGGAACAAGAAUUACAAAAACUACAAUUACAAAAACAGAUCCAUCCAAGUCUUCAUUACAGACGACUAGCACAAUAACAGCUACUAAGACAUCAACUGUGACAACAAUAGAGGUCACUCAAAGUGCAUCUUCAUACAAGAUCAGUCCUGAAGAUUACGAAUCUGAGGUCACUAUUGAAGAAAUUGAUAGUGAACCUUACCAAUCUUCACAAGUGCUUGAUAAAGAAUAUACUACGGAUGUUUCUAAAGAUCGUUAUGAAAUAACAACUGAAGAUGUAUCUCCCAAAGACAUAAUCAAGUCUAAACCUAUUGAUGAAGCUUCUAUAAAACAGAAAUCACCCGAAGUAGAAACAAAAAUAGCUGAACCUCCCAAAAUUAUCGAAGUGACCGAGGGUGUUAUUUUUGAUCCUAAAACAUCUUUGGUUAUUUCAGAAGCUAUUGGAGUGUCUGGAGAUUUGUUAGAAGCUGUAAAUAAAGGUGUCGUUCCAUCUCAGAAUGUUAAAGUUGUAGAUCCGAAAACAGGUGUUCAGAUUUCACUCCCAGAAGCUAUUAAAAAAGGUGUUGUCGACGAAAAAACUGGCAAAGUGAAAGACACAACAGGGAAAAAAAUUAGUUUCGCAGAUGCAGCGAAGUUGGGGCUUGUAGCCGUUGUGGGUGCACCUAUUUACGCAGCAUCUAAAGUAAUUGAAAUUGUUAAAAAUGCAGUCGUAGUUGAUCCUAAAACUGGAGAAAAAUUGCCUAUAGAUCAAGCUCGUCAACGCGGCUUAAUUGACUCACAGGCUUAUGGCAAAUAUGAAGAGGUUAUAAAAAGUAAUACUUGUCAAGAUAUUACUACUUCUCAGGUUACUGAAUAUAUCAAAACAGUAGUAGUCGUCGAUCCGAAAUCAGGCGAAAAAUUAUCCAUAGAUGAUGCUUAUCAGCGUGGACUUGUUGAACCCGAUGUUUAUGAAGAGUACAAAAAAUCUGGGCAAAUUGCAAAUACUGAAGGAUUAGUUUCUUCAACAGAAACUAGUCCUAAAAGGGAAAUUUUGCAGCCAAGUUCGAUUGACGAAUCUUCUUUGAUUAUACGACAAGGUACUAUGACCGUAACUGACAUCGUCAAAACGGUCAUUGUAGAUCCUAAAACCGGUGAACAAGUAACUUUAGAGGAAGCCCUUAACCGUGGUUUAGUUAACCAAAAGGAGUAUGACACAUUACAAGAUACUGCCAAAUCUUAUAGUCCACAAAAUAUAGUUGUAUCAAAAACUUCAGAAACAAAAUCAUUCCUUAUUGAAGAUCCUAAAUCAGGUAAGAAAUUGAAAUUAGACGAGGCACUUGAACAAGGUAUAAUUGACUCUGAUACUUAUGAAACAUAUGAAGAUUCUUCUAAGUCGUACGAUGUCAGAGAUGUAUAUGUUAUUGAUCCUAAAACAAACGAGAAGUUACUAUUAGAAGACGCUUUAAAACAGGGUGUCAUUGACUCUGAGAGUUACGAGAAGCUUAAAGAUAAUACAGAUCACCAACAAGUAUCACAUGAAACUAAAGUUAUUAAAACCAUUCUCAUUAAAGAUCCACAAACAGGUGAAAAUAUGUCUUUGGAGGAAUCUUUAAAUAGAGGUGUUAUAGAUAAAGACACAUAUAUAAAAUAUAACGAAGUAUUAAAAUCUAACAAUCCUGAAGAUUUGAUGCUUCUGCAACGUCUUAAGGAUUUUGAUAUAACAGUCACCGAACAGAUUGUACAACACCAAGUAAUAACUAAAACUACAACCAAGGCUGGAGAAAUAAUAACAAGUAAAAAAAUUGAAUAUGAACCGACCAUUUCUAUAGAACAAAAAGUCUCCGAGUUCGAAGGUCCAAUUCAGACAGUUGUUAAGGACGGUAAGACCGUAUCUGCCAUGUUGAUUGAUGCCGAACGACAACCCUUAAGGGUAAUUGAUGAAAUAACUGAACAAAAUGUAACGAAAGAGAAACCGACUCCUGUUAAACCAUUAUAUGAAAACGUAACGCUCAUCGAUGCUAUUGCUCAAGGUAAAGUGGAGCCUAAAAUUUGUAGGAUUAUCAUAAACGGAGUUGAAUCUCCACUUACUGUUCAAGACUCUCUUGAACAGGAACAGAUAAGCCGAUUUGUACAGGUUGAUGUACUGUCUAAAAAUUGUGUAGUGUUGAAAGAGACCAAACCCACUUACUGUGUCGCUAUAUCUCAAAGAUUAACCCCAGAAGAAUUAUCAGAAAUGGGCGUAUAUGAUAUUGAGAAAGGUAUUUUCUUAAAUCCUGAAACAGGGGCUAAGAUAUCCUUUGAAGAGUUGGUUUAUAGCUUACAAAUAUUCGAUCCCGAGGCUAUAUUAGUUAAAGAUUUAAGUUCUAAAUCGGACGAUUACAUUUCAUUUGAUGAAGCUAUCGCUAGACCUAUAAUUGAUAAAACCACAGGUCACAUGGUCAAUCCGAAAACCGGUAAACGCGUGCCCUUCUUAGAAUGCGUUCAAUUGCGAUGGAUUGUAGAGAAACCUGAUGAUGUUUCAAUAACGGAACAGGUCACAAUUGAAUCCGCGCUAGAACAAGGAUUAUAUAAUGCUCAGACAGGUGUAAUAAAAGAUGUUAAUACUGGUGCCUUAGUGCCUAUAGGUGAAGCGGUGCAAAAAGGCUUGAUAGAUCAUGAGUCUUUGUUAAUCACCGUACCGCGAACUAAUGAAUUAGUAACUCUCUCAGACGCAAUAGAGCGUGGUAUACUCGAAAUUCACGACGGGGUUAUCACUAUUAUUGAGACGCAAGAAAUCAUUGAAAUAUCUGUUGCUAUCCAACGCGGUUUGAUUACUAUCAUCCGACGGGCUGUUUCUAUUGAAGCAAUUAUAAAGAGCCAAAUGUAUGAUUCCAAAACGGGAAAAGUUAAGGAUAUUUUGACUGAUCAAUUAAUUACUGUACGCGACGCGGUAGAUAGGAACAUAGUUCAUCCAACAAUAUCUGAAGUAAAAGAUACGGGAACCGAUAAAUUCCUACCAUUAGGAGAUGCUCUUGAUGUAAAACUCGUUGAUCCAAUAACAGGGAAAUUAAAAGACAAAAAGACUGGUAAAUACAUUCCAUUAGACGAUGCAUUAAAUAAAGGAUUGGUUGCUACUAAAUCUGUUACUUUCACUUUGUUCGAUAUCAUCGAAUUAGGUUACUAUACACCUGAAAAUGGACAAAUUCUAAAUCCGAUAUCGGGUAAAAUUAUAACACUGAAGAAAGCUAUUCACGAGAAACUUGUAGAUCCUACCGAGAUACAAAUUAAAGAUGAUAAGUCAGAGGCAGUUGUAUCGUUCGAUAAAGCUGUACAGUCUGGCCUGAUAGAUCUUGAACAAGGAAUAAUCACGUCACCAGUUAUGAACCUUAAAGAUGCGUGUGAUAAGGGUUAUCUUCUUAGCGAUAAAAAACCAUGGACAUUACAAGAAGGUCUCGUACAAGGAUUUUACGAUCCUGGAACGGGUCUUUUGACAAUUAAUAAUAUUACAAUGACUUUAGAAGACGCUAUCAAAAUUGGUAAUAUAAAUCCAGAAGCUUUGACUGUAAGAAAUGCAAUAACGGGGGAAAUUAUUUCAUUGUCAGACGCUAUCAAAGUAGGAAUAAUUGACUCUAAAGAAGGUAGGGUUAGAGAUCCGGUUCACGGGGAUAAAAUAUCCCUUACAGAUGCCGCCGAACGUGGUUUAAUUGUACCCGCCAAACGAAAAUUAAGUUUGCCAGAAGCAGUAUUUAAGGGUUUCUACGAUCCAAAAACUGGUAAAUUUUCACAUCCUCAAAGUAAAGAGAAAGUGCCCACUGAUAGGGCAAUAAGGAAACGAAUGAUAGAUCCUCAGUCAACUUUGGUACACUUUGCUGGUAAAGUAAUUCCGUUUGAAUUCGCAGUAGACAGAGGUAUUGUAGAUAGCAGAACAGGUACUAUAUUUGUAGGCGAUGAAAAAAUUGACUUCCGUGAAGCUUUUGAAAGGGGGGUUUUAGUUGAAGUUCGUAAACCUUUAUCGCUCGUUGAAGCUAUUGAAAAGGGUGUUUAUAAUGAAAUAUCUGGACUGUUUAUGGAUCCACAAACUGGUAAAAAGUACACUCUUACUGAAGCAAUUAAACUUCAUUUGAUCGAUCCUCAUUCAGUGCACAUUCAAGACAAUAGAUUAGGUAAAUGGGACAAGUUGUCAUUGCCAGAGUCCUUAGAAACAGGAGUCAUAGAUGAUCAAAGUGGUAAGAUCAGAAAUAUAAAUAAUGACAAUGAAGAAAUUUCUUUACGCAAAGCAUUUGAAAUCGGUCUCCUUGUUGAUAGUAAAGCACCAAUAAGCUUGCAAAGAGCAUUGCAUCAAGGACUUUACGAUGAUGCGACCGGUAAAUUUAUUGAUCCAACUAGUAAUCGUAAAAUUACUCUUCAUGAAGCUAUUAGGAGGUCAGUCAUUAGUCCGAAGUAUCUAUGCUACUUCGACAAAAAAUCUGAAAAACCUUUGUCUCUUGGCGAGUGUUGCCGUAACGAAAUUAUUGAUAGGAGAAGUGGCAAGUUCCACGAACCAGGUUCCGAUGUCCAGAUACCCUUAUCUGAAGCCAUGAGUCUAGGAUUAAUCGUGGAUAUUGAAAGUGCUGGCUUCACUUUGUACGACACAUUAGCCAUGAACAUGUAUAACAUAACAGAAUUAAUAUUUAUUCAUCCGGUAACGGAACGUAAAAUAACACUUAAUUUAGCAAUAGCUGAAGAGCUCAUAAAUCCUGAAACUUCCUUGGUAAAACAUAUACCGUCUAGCAAAUAUAUUAAAUUGACUGAAGCCAUCGAAAGCGGUAUAGUAGACGAUGAAAACAAUAUUUACGUUCUACCUAACGGCAAUCAAAUCAAUUUGUUAGAUGCUAAACAUCGCGGCCUUGUGGUAACGACAAAGAAAAAUCUUAGCCUAGAAGAAAUAAUUAGAAACGGCUUAUUUAGAGCGGAUAACGGCAAAAUCGUUGAUCCAUGCACAAAUGAAUUCAUUGAUAUAAAUAAAGCUAUCGACAUUGGUCUCCUCAAUCCGGAACUUACAGUUGUUAAAGAUAGUUUUACGAAUAAAUACAAACCGCUUUUAUUGGCUAUUCAACAAGGUGAUGUUGAUGUUGCAAAAGGCAGGGUACUAGAUACAAAAGCAAAGAAAACAUUUAGCAUUGACACUGCGUUCGAUAAGGGUUUGCUCGUGACUGUUAUACAGCCAAUUACUUCUCAAACAAUAUCUAGAAAAUUCGUGUCAGAUAGUGCGGCCUAUAAACAACCCAUGCUUAGGGAAUUUUCUCUUGAUGAAGCUAUCAAGUAUGAAUUUAUUGAUCCAGAAACGGCCGUCAUAAAAGAUCCCCAUAAGAAUAAAUACAUUCCACUUAACCUAGCUAUUACUGAAGGUAUUAUUGACAAAAAUGCGAAGGGAUCUUUCGAUACUCAGAAUAGGUCGCGCACGCUUUGUUUCGUUUUUGAAAACGGUUUAAUUGUGUACGUAAGAGAGCCUCUUACGUUCGAACAAGCGCUCGAAAAGGGUUACCUUAACGUUAGCACCGCUCGAUUUACCGAUCCAUCCUCCAACGAAGUGCUCACGAUUAAAGACGCAACCACACUUGGGUAUAUUGAUGCAGACACAGCGCUCAUCAAAGAUAAUCUCAAAAAGAGGCUAACUAAACUUCCGGAAGCUUUCCGUAAGGGUUUCAUGGACGCUGAAAAAGGCAAUAUAUUAGACACUGAGACCUCAAAACUUAAUACAUUAUCUGCUGCAAUCGAAAGCGGUCUACUCAUGACGCCAAAGAAGAGCUUCACCUUAAUCGAAACUCUAAAUUUCGGUAUCUACAAUCCUACUACCGGUGCCUUGAACGAUCCAUUCAUUACUACCAGCGUUAUCGAUAGAAAGAGGCUUAAUUUAGACGAAGCGAUCCAACAAGGAAUCGUUGAUCCGUCAAGCACAGUUGUCAAGGAACCGGAGACCGGAAAGAUAUUGCCAUUGGUUCAAGCUAUAGAACAAAGGUUGGUUGAUCCCGUUGAAGGCAGACUCACGAUUGAUGCAAAGAAAGGGAUCAGUCUUGAUUUAGUCAAAGCCCUAAAGAAGGGGUAUUUGCUGCCAGCAGAAACGAGGCAAGCAGUAGAAGAGAAAUAUAGGCUUUGCGACGACACCCUGUCGAAAUUGCUCGAAUGGAUCGGCAAUGUUGAGGACCGAUUAGCCAACCAAGAGGCAGUAAAGGAAGAUAUCGAUGAACUACGUAACCAGAUAAAUACAUUGAAGUCGAUCAAGGAUGACCUUGAGGGUCACCAGCGUCAAGUAUCCGCUUGCGCAGACCAGGCCAAGCAACUCCUCGUGUCCGGAGGCGACGUGCUUGCUCCACAUGAGGUGGCAGCACUGGAGCGCGGCGUGCGGCAGCUGAAGCAGCGCUGCGACAAGUGCUCUGACAAAUGUGAUAAGAUGCUGAGGAGGCUCGCGGCCGCCAGGGACGAGCUCGCCAAGUUCAUCAACGAAUUGAACACAUUUAACGUAUGGAUGGAUGGCGCGUACCGCACGUUGGAAGACAAGGAGGCGGCUCUGUCCAAGCUGGACACGCUCUCCUCGCAAACGGACGACAUCAGAGAGUUCGUGUCUGACGUCAUCGCGCACCAAGCAGACCUGAGGUUCAUCACCAUGGCCGCGCAGAAGUUCGUCGACGAGAGCAAGGAGUUCCUGUCGAUCCUGAACGAGUACCGCACGUCGCUGCCGUCGCGGCUGUCGCACGUCCCGGCGGGCGAGGAGGGCGCGGUGCGGGGCGCGGCGGGCGCGGCGCGGCGGGCGCACGGCGAGCUGGCGGCGCGGGCGCAGCGCCUGCAGGACCGCCUGCGCGCCGCCAGCGACCGCGCCGCGCACCACGCGCACGCGCUCGCCCGGGCCCAGCGCUUCCUCGACGAGGUGGAGCCCCAGGUCCGCGGCGUGCUGUCGGAGCCAGUGGGUGGGGAGCCUCGCGCUGUGGAGGCGCAGCUGUCCCGCGCCAAACAUCUGCACAACGAGAUCCUGGCGCAGGGACGACUCAUCGACAACGCCAAGGAUGCUUGUGACCAACUAGUAAAAUCUCUAGAGGGUCACCUGACUCCUGCCGAGAUUCGACAGUUGGAAGUGCCGGUGGUGGACCUCACUAGCCGGUACCAUGACCUCUCCGAGGCUGUUGGUAGCCGAUGCUCGGAACUGGAGGCCGCCCUGCUGCAGUGCCAGGGUCUGCAGGACUCCGUCGAGGCCCAGGCGCAUUGGUUGGGCGAAGCCGAGGACUUGUUUAAACAGCAGCUGGGUGGCGCGUCGCUGGUGGUGGCGCGGCUGGAGGAGCAGGUCCGGGAGCAGCGGCGCGCGCACGCACAGCUGGGCGGGCGGCGCGCCACGCUGCAGGCGCUCGCGCACUGCGCCGCCGCCGAGCCCGCGCCCUCCCGCCUCGCCAAGAAGCUGGAGCAGCGCGCGCAGGACAUAUACGCGAGAUACGAAAAGCUAGUGGAACGCUCGGCCAAACGCUCCGAAUUCUUGGACGAAGUGUCGGCCGAGUUGGCCCAGUUCACCCAACAGGCCAACGUGUUGGAUGCGGCGUACGGCCAACUCAUCGAGCAGUCCGAGGGCCGGGAGCUGGCCAGGAUGCCGGCCGACCAGCUCGGGGCUAGACUGGCCGACCUGGCCAACUAUAGGGACAAACAAAUGCCGCUUCUAGACGAAUGUCUGCGUAUGGGGAAGAGGUUGGUCGCGAAGAAAGACGUCACCGACACGCACGUUGUACUCGAUAAGAUGAAGGCUCUGGAGAACCAGUGGCGCGACUUCAACACGUCCUUGGAAGAGAAGCAGAAACUGUCCAGACAGCGCGCCGACCAACUCACGCAAUACGAGUCUUUGAAGAUACAGGUACUGGACUGGCUCCAAUCGAUGGAGAACAGAGUGUCUCACCUCCAGCCCGUGGCAGUCGACCUGGACGUCAUCAAGCGUCAGCAGGACGAGCUGCGCCCUCUAGCGAAGGAGUACAGAGACUACUCCAUAACCAUAGACAAGGUGAACGAGGCCGGCGCCGCGUACGAGGCGCUGCACCGCGGCGACCGCGCCGACAGCCCGCACCGCAAGAGGCAGCUCUACAGCCCGACCAAGCGACACACGCCCAGUCGCACUUUGGAUGGAAGGUCGCCUUCUCCAGGCAAGGGCUCAGUCCUCGUCAGUCCCGGAUCUACUUCGAGCGGAUUCUCGUCACGACGAUCCAGCCAAGACGGCUUCCAUCUUGAAGAACUGUCCCCGGUCCAGCAGCAACUGUCGGAGAUCAACAACCGGUACAGUCUGCUGGGCACGAAGCUGUCGGACCGCCACACGGAGCUGGAGGCCAUCAGGGAGGAGAUCAAGAAGCACUUGGAGAGCUUCAGGACUUUGAACGCGUUCUUGGACAAGGUGCAGAGACAAUUGCCUAAGGACACAGUCCCCAACAACAAGGAGGAGGCUGAUAAGAUCAUAAAACAAGCUCGCGCCGUCCUCGAAGAGAUGUACGAGAAACAGAGCAUCCUCGACUCCACCAAGACACAGGUACGAGAACUUCUGAAGCGCAAACAGAGCGUGCAGGGGGCUGACCGUCUGCACGACGAGAUGGAAGACGUCGCCUCCAGGUGGAAGGCUCUUCACGACGGCUUGAAAGACAAGAUAAGACUGAUGGAGGAGAUGAAAGACUUCUUGGACACACACUCGAACCUGUCCCAGUGGCUCAACGCCAAGGAGCGCAUGAUGGCGGCCCUGGGACCCAUCUCCACCGACUCCAGCAUGGUGCACACGCAAGUACAGCAGGUGCAGGUCCUCCGCGAAGAGUUCCGCAGCCAGCAGCCGCAGCUGACUCACCUGGAGGAGGUGGGCAGCGCCGUGCUGUCCCGGCUGCCCCCCCACUCCGCGGACGCGCGUGCCCUCCAGGGACAACUGCAUGACGUCACGCAUCGCUGGGACGAUCUGCUAGCCAAGCUGGCGGCGCGCGCGGAGAGCCUGGGCACGGCGGCGGACACGGCGCGCGAGUUCGACGCGGGGCUGGCGCGGCUGCGGGGCGCGCUCGCCGCCAUCAGCGACAAGCUGGACGAGCUCGCGCCCGACCACGAGCCCGACGAGCAGCUGCGCAAGAUCGAGCACUUGGAGCGCCAGCUGGAGGGGCAGCGGCCGCUGCUGGCGGGGCUGGAGGUGUCGGGCGCGGCGCUGGCGGGCGUGUGCGAGGCCGCCGCGGCGCAGCACGUGGGCGCGCGCCUGGCCGCCGCCGCCCGACACCUCGACACCCUGCAGCGGAAGCUGGACCACAGGAAGGCCGAGCUCGAAGCCGCGCUCAAGGACGGCCGCAAUCUCGAAGAGAACGUCGCCCGAACCCUCGGCUGGCUCCAGUCCGAGCUGGGCUCGCUGCCGAGCCGCCUCCAAGUGUCCGCGGACAUCAACAAACUGCAACAACAGAUACAGAAACACGAGCCCCUCUACAGAGAUCUCACUCAACGGGAACACGAAAUUAUUAUGUUGAUUGAUAAGGGCCGUGAAAUGGAAAAGAAACCUUCUCACCAGAACUUAAGGAAGGAUCUCGAUCGUAUACAAGCUCAGUGGGACAAGCUGAAGCGAGAGAUUGUCGACAGAAACACAAGACUACACACCGCCAUGGAACAUUGCCGUAAGUUCCACAAGUGCCAAGAGUCGUUCUUGCCGUGGCUGGCAGACACAGAGGAACGCAUCGCCAAGCUUCCUCCGCCGGCAUUCUCCAAGAAGGAAGUUGAGAAACAACUUAGAGAACUGCAACACAUCCGAAACGACAUAUGGAAAAGGGCCGGAGAGUUCGAGAACAACAAAACUCUCGGUGAGACUUUCAUUUCGUCGUGUGACGUCGACCAAGACGUGGUCCGAACGCAAAUCGACAGCAUGAAGGAAAGAUGGGACAAGAUAAACAACGAGGUUCUCCAGCAAGUGGAGUUCCUGGAGACGACGAGCCGCAUGCUGGGCGAGGUGCUGGAGAAGAGCCGCGGCGUGGAGACUCCGCUGCAGCGCUGCGAGGAGCGGCUACGGGACGCGCACGCCGCGCCGCCCGCGCUCGCCGCGCCCGCACUCGCCGCGCUCGCCGACCAUCUGCAGGCCCUGUGCGCGCCGCUGCAGAGCGUGGAGGUGGCAGUAGAUGACAUAGUGACGAUGGCGGAGGAGCGGCUGGGCCCCGAGGGCGGAGCCCGGGCCCGCGCGGCGCUGGAGGAGGGCCCGCGCGCCCUGGCCGAGCGGCUGCACCGGCUGCAGGACCAGGCCGACCUCGCACGCACCAGGCUCGCGGGCGCCACCGCCGCGCUCACUCACUUCCAGGACAAAGUGAAGAGUCUAUCGCACGACCUAUCGGACCUGGACAAGGAGUUGGACUCGAUGAAGCCGCCGGGGCGCGACCUCAAGACCGUGAAGCAGCAGCUGGAGGACGUGGCGCGCUUCUACAAGCGGCUGGAGGGCGCCGACGACCUCAUCGCGCAGGCGGAGCGCGCCGCCGAGGGGCUCGCCGACAGCGGCUACACCGCAGACUCCGCCAAGACCAGGGACCAGGUGGAAGGGCUCCGUAAGCAACUGGCCAAGCUGGACGAGAGGGCUCGCUCUAAGGAGCAGGACCUCGAUGACACCCUCAGCAAACUGGAAGCCUUCUAUAAGGCUUACGACUCGGUCAUGGAUGACGUACAAGAGGCUUCGGAACAAAUGAGAAGUCUGAAGCCGGUGUCGUCGGAAGUCGACCAGAUCCGCGCCCAGCAGAAGGACUUCGCCGAACUAAAGCGUCACACGUUCGAGCCCCUGGGACAGAACGUGACUCACUGCAACAAGAUCGGGCAGGGGCUGGUCAGGUCCGCUCUGCAGGGAGCCAACACUCAGCUGCUAGAGAAGGACCUCGAGAAGAUGAACGACAAAUGGAACGCUCUGAAGGAAAAGAUGAACGAACGCGAGCGGCGCCUGGACGUGGGGCUGCUGCAGUCCGGCAAGUUCGCUGAGGCGCUGGCCGGCCUGGACAAGUGGCUCGCCGACACCGAGGACAUGGUGCGCAACCAGAAGCCGCCCUCGGCCGACUACAAGGUCGUCAAGGCGCAGCUACAGGAGCAGAAGUUCCUGAAGAAGAUGUUGAUGGACCGUCAAAACUCUAUGUCGUCUCUGUUCGCGAUGGGCAACGAGGUGGCUGCCGGCUGCGAGCCUCAGGAGAGAAAGGCCAUCGAGAAACAACUCAAGGGCCUGGUGCAGAGGUUCGACGACCUCACCACCUCCGCACAACAGAGGAUGCUGGAUCUGGAACAGGCUAUGAAGGUAGCAAAGCAAUUCCAAGAGGAGCUGCAGCCCCUGGUCGAGUGGCUGGGAGUGUCAGAACGUAAAGUCAAGUCCUUGGAACUGGUGCCCACUGAUGAGGAAAAAAUACAGCAGAAGAUCAGAGAGCAUAAGGCCCUCCACGACGACAUCCUGUCGAAGCAGCCGGCGUUCAAGCAGCUGACGGAGACAGCCUCGACCCUGAUGGGGCUGGUCGGGGACGACGAGGCCACCGCGCUGGCCGACAGGCUGCAGGCCGCCACCGACAGAUACCAAACUCUGGUGGAUCAUAAUUUGAACGUAGGCGAUCUGUUGGAGAGCUCUCGCAAGGGGCUGCGGCACCUGGUGCUCACGUACCAGGACCUGUCCGCCUGGAUGGACGGCAUGGAGCAGUACCUCGCCAAGAGGAAGCUGCUCCCGGUCCAUAUGGAGAAACUGCUCCGGCAAAUGGACGAAUUGGCUGAGAAAACGGAAGAAAUAGCCGUGAAGCAAGAAGCAGUCGACAGCACCGUGGACUCGGGCCUCGAGCUCAUGAAGCACAUCUCCGGAGACGAAGCCCUGCAGCUCAAGGACAAGCUGGACGCCCUGCAGCGCCGGUACAACGACCUCACCAGCCGCGGGGCCGACCUGCUCAGGGUGGCCUCCGAGACCCUGCCCCUCGUGCAGCAGUUCUACAACAGUCAUGCCAAACUAACGGAAUGGAUGACGAGCGCGGAGACGUGCCUGCAGUCGGUGGAGCCCCGCGAGGAAGACAUCCUGCGGCUGGAGGUGGAGCUGCAGGAGUUCAGGCCGGUGCUGGACACCAUCAACUCCGUCGGACCGCAGCUCUGUCAGAUAUCGCCCGGAGAGGGCGCCACUCACAUCGAAGGAAUCGUGACCCGCGACAACAGGAGGUUCGACGCCAUCGCCGAGCAGGUGCAGAGGAAGGCCGAGAGGCUGCUGCUCAGCAAGAAGCGUUCCCUGGAGGUGGUGGGCGACAUGGAGGAGCUGGUGGAGUGGCUGCGCGGCGUGGAGGCGCGCCUGCGGUCCGCCGCGCCGCCCUCGUGCGAGCCCGCCGCCGUGCGCGCGCAGCUGCGCGACCAGCGCCCGCUGCACGACGAGCUGGCGGCGCAGCGCGUGCGCUGUCGGGACCUGCUCGCACAGGCCAAGAAGGUGGUGCGCGAGUGCGGGUCCGCGGAGGAGGCGGCGGGCGUGCGCGCGCGGAGCGAGGAGCUGCGCGAGGUGAUGGAGGAGGUGGGGGCGCUGGCCGCCGCGCGCCUCGCCGCGCUCGAGCACGCGCUGCCGCUCGCCGAGCACUUCGCCGACACGCACCUCGGUCUCACGUCCUGGCUGGACGACAUGGAGAGGCAGAUCCACAUGCUGGCCAUGCCCGCGCUCAGACCCGAGCAGAUCGCCCAGCAGCAGGACAAGAAUGAGAUGCUGCAACAGUCCAUAGCGGGGCACAAGCCGCUGGUGGACAAGCUGGUGAAGACGGGCGAGGCGCUGGCGCGGCUGUGCAGCGAGCUGGACGCCGCCAAGCUGCAGGACGUGCUGGAGGGAGACUGCGAGCGGUACAACGCGCUGCGGGCCGAGCUGCGGCUGCGGCAGCAGGAGCUCGAGCAGGCUCUCCAAGAAUCGUCCCAGUUCUCGGACAAGCUGGAGGGGAUGCUGCGGGCGCUGUCAGGCGCCGCCGACCAGCUGCAGCGCGCCGAGCCGGUCUCCGCUCACCCACCCAAGAUCGAAGACCAAAUCGAAGAGAACGACGCUCUGGUGGAGGACCUGGACAAGCGCAAGGAGGCGUACAACGCCGUGCAGCGCGCCGCCUCCGACGUGUUCAGCAAGGCCAACAAGAGCGACCCCGCCGUGCGCGACAUCCGGAACAAACUCGACAAGUUGAACAAACUGUGGGACGAGGUGCAGCGCUCGUCGGAGAAGCGGCGGCGCGGGCUGUCGGGCGCGCUGGGCGUGGCGCGCGAGUUCUGGGCGGCGCUGCGGGCCGUGUCCAGCACGCUGGCCGAGCUCGCCGACACGCUGGCCGCGCAGCCGCCGCCCGCCGCGCACCCGCCCGCCAUCCAGCAGCAGCAGCUCGCGCUGCAGGAGAUCCGCCACGAGAUCGACCACACCAAGCCCGAGGUGGAGAAAGUACGGAAGACCGGUUCCACUCUCAUGUCUCUCUGCGGGGAACCCGACAAGCCAGAGGUCAAGAAACACAUGGAGGACCUAGACAACGCAUGGGACAACAUCACAGCACUCUACGCCAGACGAGAGGAGAAUCUCAUCGAUGCUAUGGAAAAGGCGAUGGAAUUCCAUGACACUUUGCAGAAUCUCCAAGACUUCCUGGACACGGCGGAAGACAAGUUUUCGCGCAUGGGUCCGCUCGGCUCGGACAUCGACGCCGUGAAGCGUCAGAUCGCUCAGCUAGCCUCCUUCAAGCAGGAGGUCGACCCUCACAUGGUGAAGGUCGAAGCUUUGAACAGGAGUUUGACGAGGCAAGCCCAGGAGCUGACAGAGAGAACGUCGUCAGAGCAAGCGGCCGCCAUCAAGCAGCCCCUGACGGAGGUCAACGCUCGCUGGUCGGCCUUGCUCCGCGGCAUGGUGGAGCGCCAGCAGCAACUGGAGAAGGCGCUGCUGAGACUCGGGCAGCUCCAGCACGCCCUGCAGGAGCUCCUCGCGUGGAUACAGAACACCACAGACACUUUGGACACGUUGAAACCGGUGGCAGGUGACCCCCAGGUGCUGGAGGUGGAGCUGGCCAAGCUGAAGGUGCUGGUGAACGACAUAGCGGCGCACCAGGCCAGCGUCGACACGCUCAACGACGCCGGCGCGCAGAUCGUGCACCACGGUACCGAAGAAGCGGGCGAGACGGCCGAAAAACUGGCAACACUAAACAAAAAAUGGCGCGAACUACAACAAAAAGCAAGAGACAGACAAACUGAGCUCGAGGACGCGCUCAGAGAAGCACAGAGUUUCAAUGCGGAAAUCGGUGACCUGCUGUCGUGGCUGUCCGAAGUGGACGGCGUCAUCGCGGCCUCCAAGCCCGUCGGGGGGCUCCCGGAGACCGCCUCCGAGCAGCUGGAGAGGUUCAUGGAGGUGUACAGUGAAAUAGAAGAGAACCGUCCCAAAGUCGAAGCCGUGCUGCAGCAGGGACAGGAGUACAUCAAGCGGCAGGAGAAACCCAACCCGACCUCGCAGCUCAACCACAGCCUCAAGACCUUGAAGUCCCGAUGGGAUAAUGUCACUGCCAGAGCAUCAGACAAGAAGAUCAAGUUGGAGAUAGCUCUGAAGGAGGCGACGGAGUUCCACGACGCGCUGCAGGCCUUCGUGGACUGGCUCACCGCCGCGGAGAAGACCCUCACCUCCGCCAAGCCGGUCUCCAGGGUCAUGGAAACCUUGCUCACCCAAAUCGAAGAGCACAAGAGCUUCCAAAAGGAGGUGUCCACGCACCGGGAGACCAUGCUGCAGUUGGACAAGAAGGGAACACACCUCAAGUACUUCAGCCAGAAGCAGGACGUGAUCCUCAUUAAGAACUUGCUGGUCUCCGUACAGCAUCGCUGGGAGAGGGUCGUCUCCAAGUCUGCCGAAAGGACCAGGGCCCUCGACCAUGGCUUCAAAGAGGCUAAGGAGUUCAGUGACAUGUGGAACAACCUGAUGAAUUGGCUGAACGAGACCGAGGAGCAGCUGGACCAACUGAACUCGGAGGCGACGGUCAACGACCCUGAUAAGAUCAAACAGAGAUUAAACAAACACCGCGAGUUCCAAAAGGCUCUGGCUUCCAAACAGCCAGCCUACGACCUCACUAUGAAGACCGGCAAGCAUCUCAAGGACAAGGCUCCCAAGGGCGACGAGAACCCGCUGAAGACAAUGAUAACGGAUAUGAAGACGAAAUGGACAACCGUGUGCUCUAAGGCUGUUGACAGGCAACGGAAACUGGAAGAGGCGCUGCUGUACUCGGGACAGUUCAAAGACGCCAUGUCGGCGCUGCUGGACUGGCUCAAAAAGCAACAGAAGCUUCUGGAAGGAGACGCGCCUGUGCACGGCGACCUGGACACCGUGAUGGCGCUGAUCGAACAACAUAAACAAUUCGAAGAGGACCUGCAUUCGCGCGAGCAGCAGAUGCAGUCCGUCACCAAGACCGGCCGGGACCUGGAGGCCACCGUGCCACUGGAAGACGCCGCCAACAUCCGCCAACAAGGCAGCGAACUGAAGCAACUGUGGGACAGUGUACUCAUCCUCAGCGAGAGGAAAGCGCACAAGUUGGAGGGCGCACUCAAAGAGGCGGAAAAGCUGCAUCGCUCUGUGAACAUGCUCCUGGAGUGGCUAUCGGACGCGGAGACCAAGCUUCGCUUCUCGGGCCAGCUCCCCGAAGGCGACGAGGAGACGCAGCAGCAGAUACGGGACCACGAGCGCUUCGUGCGCGAACUCAACGAGAAGAAGCAGGACAAGGACGAGACCAUCACGCUGGCUCACUCUAUCCUGAGCAAGGCGCACACCGACGCCGUCACCGUCAUCAAGCACUGGAUCACCAUCAUACAGAGCCGCUGGGACGAGGUAUGGCAAUGGGCCAUGCAGCGGGGCGGCAAGCUGGACGCGCACAUGCAGAGCCUCAGAGACCUGGACCUCGUGCUCGAGGAGUUGCUGCAGUGGCUCACCGGACUCGAGAACAACUUGCUAUCAAUGGAGACUGAGCCGCUGCCUGAAUCCAUAGAGCUUCUCGAGGGCUUGAUAGAAGACCACAAAGAACUGAUGGAGCACACUCAGAAGAGACAGAACGAAGUAGACCGCGUCUGCAAAGCGUACCAGGUCAAGAGUCAAACCCAAGGAAGGGAAUCUACGCCAAGGAAGGUAUCAGCGAAGAGCGCCACGAAAGGAACUCCUGGGCGCGGCUCCCAGCACGACCUGCACCGGGACCGCUCGGUCUCGCCCGACUACUACGGAUCUAGAAGAUUCAGGUCCAGACUACACUCGCGAAGUAGGAGAGGAAGUCGUAUCAGCCCUGGACGGGAGACGCCAGAUCGGAACCUGCCCCACUACGGACCCCGAUUCCCGCCGAAGGGAAGCAAAGGCGCAGAACCGGAGUUCAGGUCGCCCCGCGUGAAGCAGCUGUGGGACAGGUGGCGCAACGUGUGGCUGCUCGCCUGGGAGCGCCAGCGGAGGCUGCACGAGCGCCUCGCCCAUCUCAAGGAACUUCAGCGCGUCUCCAACUUCAGCUGGGACGACUGGAGGAAGAGGUUCCUCAAGUUCAUGAACCACAAGAAGUCCCGCCUGACAGAUCUGUUCCGUAAAAUGGACAAGGACAACAACGGGCUGAUACCGAGGAACGAGUUCAUCGAUGGCAUCGUCAACACCAAAUUCGACACAUCCCGGCUGGAGAUGGGCGCCGUGGCGGAUCUGUUCGACAGGAACGGUAGCGGCCUCAUCGACUGGGAGGAGUUCAUUGCGGCGCUUCGCCCUGACUGGGUGGAACGCCGCGGACCCCCGACCGAUGCGGACAAAAUUCACGACGAGGUGAAGCGACUCGUGAUGCUGUGCACGUGCCGACAGAAGUUCCGCGUGUUCCAGGUCGGAGAAGGGAAAUACAGGUUCGGGGACUCCCAGAAACAGCGUCUAGUCCGUAUCCUCCGCUCCACCGUCAUGGUGAGGGUCGGAGGGGGCUGGGUGGCGCUCGACGAGUUCCUCGUGAAGAACGAUCCCUGCAGAGCUGAAGAAUUUAUGGAGCAGUUGAGGCCUAUAUUUGAGGCUUUGAGACAGCGGGAAGAGCUCCCGUGCUCAUAUCCACUUCACGUCGGUUCUACACAUGGCACAAAGCAGGCGUUCAUUUACGGCCAUUCAAGAUCUCAGGGCUCCACGACGCCGGGUGCCCAUCAUUAUACACACCAUCACGGAUACCAACCAUCUCCAGGAUACCAUUGGGUGAGGGAAAGAACAGCUCGAUCGGUGCCUAUGUCCGCUGGAGCGGGAGCGGCCGGUCGCGCUUCCAGAUCUUCGUUGAGUGCAGGAACACCAGACUCGCUCAGUGAUAACGAAGCGGCGAGCGGACUUGGAACAAGAUACAGGAAGCCCAGCGUUCCGAGGUCCACUUUGACACCGGGAACAUCUCGACCCGGUUCUCGAGCUGGAUCGAGGGCAGGAUCAAAACCCCCUUCGAGACAUGGAUCAAAUUUAUCCUUGGAUAGUACAGACGAUGCGACAACGCCGUCCCGCAUUCCCAUGAGGAAAGUCACGAAUACGAAGACUUCGAUCGCGCGUGCUGCCGCCAAUGCAAGCAAGCUUGGGGUUAGCACGCCGAACGGCUCCCGUCCUCGGACGCCGACCGGUUACCUGACGCCGGCUAGUGGAAGGUAUUCUAGCGGAGGGAUGUAUCGCACCUCAAGUAUACCGACACUGAUGGUCGUGCCGCCCCUAGCGAGCCCGACGCAUUCCCAGCCAUCUUCCAUGGCAUCUGAACAUCCCAAGUCACUGUCCCACAAUCAUCCCGCAUUCCAAACUCAGGGCUCGACCAAGAUCCCUGUUUACGUUGGCAAUCGAUCUCAGAGAACUCCCUCAGUCGAGAGACGAUUAAAACUGUCCAGAAAAUCUAAUUCCCGUGAGAAUUCUCAAGAGCCCAGUCCUACCUCCCUCGAUCCCUCCAGGAAGUCCGAGCAGAGGAGUCCCGAAGACGACUCAUCAUUGUUCAGCAUAUCUGGAAUGACGAGUGACAAUGAAUACGAAAGUAAUAUGAGCGAGUCUAGCGGCGAAGCGUCUAAGCCGACUCAACGUGGCACCAAAUGGAGUGGGUCUUUUACUUCGAACGAUCUACAAACGCCUGGACGAAGUCGCAUCCCAGUCCUUAAGGAUCAACAUACUAACAGUACUCUGAAUAGACAAAGGACCCCAUCGGGCAGCACGACGCCGGUGCGGUCGGGACAGCAGACCGCGGUGUCUCGUCUACUGCGCAAGCCGUCGGACGCGUCGGAGUCCGGCACGCCGGCGACGCCCGCCGCCCGCCGCGCCCCCGCCACGCCCAAAACCACAGAGAAACGCGAACCAUUCCGAUUGUAAACGAACGUAAACAAACAACUCAUCGACACACGCGACUGAGAAAUGACAGAUGACAGAUCUAAUCUAUGCAAUGCAAGUCGCUUUGACGCUUUUGAGCCGCUCACUAAGAAACUUCAAACCGAUAUUAGUUUAAUAUUAAUUGGCUUUGUGCGAGAACAGAGCGGCUGGCAUCGGCAUAGCAACAAGUGCCGAUUAUGAUAUAUUUGUAUUAAAAUUAUACUAACAUUUAUUAACCGAUUCGCCAAUUAAGCCAAGCUUAAUUAAAAAAAAAAAUAAAAAAAAACGAAGGACGCGCGGAUGCGGCUUUUUAGUUAAGAAGUAAUAGAAGUUAGUAGUAAAACUUGAAGUCUGCACUCGUUGCCUUGUAUACAUAUUUUUUUCUACUGAACAUGCAAAUGUUGCACUGCAGGAUUAUUUCAAUGUUCUAAUAAUUAUUUUGUGCUGUUUUUUAUUUUCUAUGUUCAUACAAUGUUUUUUUUUUUUAUAUACCUUAUUAUGUCGAUUUGUAUAAUUCCCCUUUGUCUCUUAUUUAUUGUCGACGUUGCCAUAAUUGUUAGUGUAUGUUUUAUGAUACGUAUAAGUCACGAUGUGAAGGAGACGGGAAGGAAAGUGUGAUUUCUUCAAACUUUUUUUUUUUGUGGAAUAAUUUUCUUUAGGGACCAUUUUGUUAAUUGAGACUCUAGGUUAUUGCCGGUGAAUGUUUUUUUUUUGGAUCCGUUUCGAUUUCGUGAUAACGCCAGAUUACGUAUUCGAAAUGAUCCUAUUAAAAAUAUUAUCGGCGAUACGUUAAGGUGAUAUAAUAGAAUUUAUUUAUGAAUAUUUUACAUUUUUGCGUAAUACACAAUCAUGUUUCCCAUCAUUUUCAUUAAUUUUUUUUUCUUGUUUUCUUUAAUUUAAGAAUUAAAGUUAUCUUGAAUGUGUACAUUAUUUUGUAUGUUCUAUUGCGUUUCUGGCACAAUCAACGGAGUCCAUACUUUUAGACAUCAGGCACGGUCACGCCAAUCGUGUCGAAAUUCGCAUUAAUAAAAUGGCUAGCAAAGUACGUCGGGAAACGACUACUGUAAAAUAAAAAAAAAAGCUAACCAUUCACAUUGUUAAACAAGCGCUUUAAUAUUAUGUAAUCUUUCUCAUUUAUAAUGUUAACCGUCACUUAAGUAUAUAUCUGUUGAUUAUAAUCGGACUCUGUAAUAAAACUUUUAGAAAUAAAAUUAAAAAAAAAAAACUAUUAAUCUGGUCAUUUCGUUUAAAUCGAAUGUUGUUUUUAUAAUAUAAAAACGGAGCAAAUCAUUUAUGAAAGCUUAUAUUUUUUUUGUAUAAAAUAACGAUCGUGAAAAGCUACUGUUUUAAAAUAUAAUAAUAAAUCUCAUAAUAUUGAUUUCAAUAUCAAAUAAAGAAUAACAAUUAUCUUGGCU